AAUAGUUGUUGAAGGGUUAAAUUAUUUUGGAUGCCGCCGUAGCAACGGAGGAUUUUGGCACCGACCUCCGCUUUCCUCACCAACUUGGCGUUGCUCGCUUGCAGAGUUCAUCCCAUCGUGUAAAGGCGAAAAUGUCGGUCACCCUCCAUACGAAUCUCGGGGACAUAAAAUGUGAGAUAUUCUGCGACGAGGUGCCCAAAACCGCCGAGAACUUCUUGGCGCUCUGUGCUAGUGAUUAUUAUGAUGGAACUACAUUUCAUCGAAACAUUAAAGGAUUCAUGAUCCAGGGUGGAGACCCUACUGGCACCGGCAAGGGAGGGACAAGCAUUUGGGGCAAGAAGUUCAAUGAUGAGAUCCGUGAGUCACUUAAGCACAAUGCCAGGGGAAUACUAUCAAUGGCAAAUAGUGGACCGAACACCAAUGGAAGCCAGUUUUUCAUCACCUAUGCAAAGCAACCUCAUCUAAAUGGCCUUUACACCAUCUUUGGGAAAGUAAUCCAUGGUUUUGAAGUUCUUGAUAUUAUGGAGAAGACACAGACAGGGCCAGGAGAUCGGCCUCUUGCUGAGAUUAGAUUGAACCGGGUGACCAUUCAUGCUAACCCUCUUGCUGGUUGAAGGAGAUCUUUGGUCAUGUUGGACCUUCUGAACAGUGAAUCAAUAGCACUUUCAUCAUGCAGCUUACUUCAAUCAUGUGAUUAAUUUCGCUCAAAAUUAAAAUUUUAAACAAAAUUAGCAAACCAUACAAGCAGUGCAAUUAAUUUGAGUUGUAGUACUGCUUACUGUGUAUAAAUCUGUACCGCUGGUGAACGCAUAAAACGCUUUUGAUAUGUCUCAUCAUUGCGUUUUGGAAUCCUUAUAAAGACAUUGAGCUCUGCUACAGUUUUAGGGAGGAAUAUUUUCAUAAUAUCAACAAGGAAUUCAGUGAUUGUGGGCCUCAGGAUGAUUGAGAAGAAAUGGAAUGAAAAAUAUAUUGUCAUCAUGAACCUAAACGAUCGAUUUGUAAUUUUUUUUUUAUUUUUUCAAUUUCAUUUUCCCUGAAGUUUGUAGCUUUCUUUAUGCAGUGAAAAGCUUUACUUUUAUUUAUUCCUCUUUCAUUUGGGAUAUAAAGAUG